UAUGUUUUGCUUUAUGUACAUGCUAAUUCUUUCUUAACUGCACAAUCAUAUUUUUGCCAUGUGGUGCAGAAUUUACAUGAAGCAAUUUGUAUAAUUGAUAGUGUAGACUACGAGUAAAAUAAUAAAAAUAAUACAAAGUUCAUAUAGUCUGCAGAAAGAAGUGUAGUUGGUUAGUUGGCUAGGACUUCAGUUCAGGACUUCAAUAAAACGCAAACAUAUCUGUGAUAAUGCAGACAUUCUCCAUUCAAGGCGGAACAGAGGAGCCACAUUAACACACUGUUCUCACCUUGUCUAAAUGCUUACACACACACACACACACACACACACACACACACUAUUCACACAUUUUCUGUAAGCUUGGACGUAGUCUUACCAGUGAAUAGUUUUAAUGUUUAUGUAAAUAGAUUUAAAGACAUGUAAAUGAUCAAGUUUUAAAGAAUGAAAGACUUAAAUUGUCUAGUGCACAUCUGAGUGGACCCUUGCUUUAUUCCGCUCAAAAGCAUAAUUUACAUAGUUGUGCAAUAGGUGAACUGAGAGUGUGUGUGUGUGUAUGUGUGUGUGUGGGUAGUUUGAAAACCUGUCUCUCAACAGGAGCCAGAUUCUUCAACAUGUUUUUGCAUGUGUGUGGGGGAGGCCGAUGUGUGUAUUUUGCAUGAUAACUGGUGGGAGGUACAGUUUAGUCAGGGGGAGUGUGUGAUAUUGUAGAGGCCAUAUAAUGUUGGCAAGCACAGUCUCCCUAAACUGAACAUAUUAGAGCUUUGUUUCUGAAAGACACAAGUUGUUGUAAGCGUUUUUUAAAGUCUGGCUUUAAGAAGGAUGGCUGCAGCCCAUGCUGAGGUGUGUGUUUGGAAUGAACUGUGGCAACAAGAUUUUCAGGUCUAUGGAGGACGGGUAUGUAACACACUUAUGGAAGGCUCUUGGGCAGACAGAACUCCUCUCCAUGAUUCAGCUUUGCAGGGCCGGCUACUCCCAAUUAAGAAGUUCCUAUCUCAGGGGAUGAAUGUUGGUGUGGUCACACUGGAUGGCAUCACUCCGUUACAUGAGGCCUGUCUAGGGGGCCAUUUUGCCUGUGCUAAACUGCUGCUGGAACAUGGGGCUGAUGUAUGUCCUGAACUACCUGAAUAUUUACUAGUCAUAAAUACAAGUGUAUGCAACGUGAAUAAGUUAUUAUCUCUGUGUAUGUUCCAUCAGGCUAACGCUGUGUCUGUCGAUGGAGCCACGCCUCUCUUCAAUGCAUGCUUCAGCGGUAACACCGCCCUCCUCCGACUCCUUCUAAAGCAUAGCUCUGUCCAUCACCCAGCUCACUUGCGUAAUUCACCUAUACAUGCUGCCGCAAAGCAAGGUCACACAGCUUGUGUGGAGUUGCUGCUGUCUUAUGGGGUUGAUGCUGAUAUGGAGUUGGAUGAAGUAGGCACACCACUUUACUGUGCAUGUGAAACCAGGAGCACAGAGUGUGUUCAGAGACUUCUGAUCUUAGGUGCUAAUGUGCAGUGUGGGCGUGGCAUUGAUACACCUCUGCAUGCGGCAGUUCGAGUGGGUGGAGCCAAGGAGGUGGCUCUGUUGCUCGAGCAUGGGGCUGAUGGGAAAUGUAGGAAUUCAGAAGGCAAGACACCUCUUGACCUGGCUAUAGAUAACAGCAUCCAGCAUCUCCUGCAGACAGCAGGUCCAUGGUCUCUGUCACAGUUGAGCCGGUUAUGCAUUCGUCGUUCCUUGGGCCAAAAAAGACUGAACAGCGCCAGAGGUCUCCAAUUACCAGACAUUCUACACACUUAUAUUCUGUAUCAAUAACACACAGACACUCACUCACACACACACACACACACACACACACACACACUUCAUGUUUACUGCACCGACUACUCAGCUUACAGAAUUUUAAACACGUGGACAAAUCUUUAGGAACUAGGUUUCUGAUAAAGUUUCUGGAAAUAUUUUGCUGUAA